AUGAGGCUGGUCAAGAAAAGCUCCAUCAUCCUGCGAUCGUAAGAGAGAGCAGAGCAUCGUUUCUGUGGAGGAGAAGAAGGAGAAGAGAGGAGAGAGUCGGGCAUCCACCCAACCCUCACUACUACACCCAUGACUACCGACUGCACAUCUGCUCAUUAACGGACAAACAGAAGGGAUUUAACGGCAGCGAGAUGUCGAAGCACCGCAAAGACAGAGACAGCUGGGGUGAGUGGUCCCUCGGUGACAAAAAUGUCUACGACUGGAGCUCAGAGGAGGAGGAGCCCGAUGGACGAGCCCGGCCCAUCCAGGUCCUGCUGGUCAAAGACGACCACACCUUCGAGCUGGACGAGGCCGCGUUGAGUCGCAUCCUGUUGUCGGAGGAGGUCAGAGAUCGCGAGGUGGUGGCCAUCUCUGUGGCCGGGGCUUUCCGUAAGGGCAAGUCCUUCCUCAUGGACUUUAUGCUGCGAUACAUGUACAACCACGCGUCCGACGAUUGGCUCGGAGAUGCCGACGAGCCUCUGACCGGCUUCUCCUGGCGUGGAGGUUCAGAAAGGGAAACCACCGGCAUCCAGAUCUGGAGCGAGGUCUUUCUGGUGGACAAACCAGACGGAAGAAAGGUCGCCGUUCUGCUAAUGGACACACAAGGCACGUUUGACAGCCAGUCGACGCUGAGGGACUCAGCUACUGUGUUCGCGCUGAGCACCAUGAUAAGCUCCAUGCAGGUUUAUAACAUCUCACAGAAUGUUCAAGAAGAUGACCUUCAGCAUUUACAGCUUUUUACUGAGUAUGGCCGACUGGCAAUGGAGGAGACUUUCCUCAAGCCAUUCCAGUCCAUGAUUUUCCUCGUUCGAGACUGGAGUUUCCCGUACGAGUUUCCCUACGGACAAGAAGGAGGCAUGAAGUUCCUUGAGAAGCGGCUGAAGAUCUCGGAGAACCAGCACGAAGAGUUGCAGAACGUGCGGAAACACAUCCACUCCUGCUUCACCAACAUCUCCUGUUUCCUGAUGCCUCACCCAGGCCUCAAAGUGGCCACUAACCCACACUUUGAUGGAAGAAUUCAAGAAAUCGAUGGCGAGUUCAUCAACAACCUGCAGGUUCUGGUGCCGUGGCUCCUGAGUCCCCGUAACAUCGACGUGAAGGAGAUCAACGGCAGCAAAAUCACGUGCAGAGGCCUGUUGGAAUACUUUAAGGCUUAUAUCAAGAUUUACCAAGGCGAGGAGCUGCCACAUCCCAAAUCCAUGCUACAGGCCACAGCAGAGGCGAAUAAUUUGGCAGCAGUCGCAGCUGCAAAGGAUCUGUACAACAAGAAGAUGGAGGAGGUCUGCGGCGGCGAUCGGCCCUUCCUGGCCCCCAGCGAGCUGCAGGCGCGGCACGGCGUCAUCCGAGAGGAGGCGCUGCAGGUGUUCAAGGGCGUGAAGAAGAUGGGAGGCGAGGAGUUCAGCCGCCGCUACCUGCAGCAGCUGGAGGGAGAGAUCGACGAGGUCUUUGUCCAGUACAUCAAGCACAAUGACUCCAAGAACAUUUUCCACGCGGCGCGCACGCCGGCCACGCUCUUCGUGGUCAUCUUUGUCAUGUACGUGGCCGCGGGCAUCACAGGCUUUGUGGGCGUGGACAUCAUUGCCAGCUUGUGCAACAUGAUCCUGGGUCUGGCUCUGAUCACUCUCUGCACCUGGGCCUACAUCCGUUACUCCGGGGAAUACCGAGAACUCGGCGCCGUCAUCGACCAGGUGGCCGGUGCACUGUGGGACCAGGGGAGCACAAAUGAGGCUCUCUAUAAGCUGUACAAUGUAGCAGCCAAUCACAGGCACCUGUACCACCACGCUUUCCCCGGGCCACAGGUGGAUGAGGCUGCUGAGGAGGAGGACAAGAAGAGGGACUGAUAAGACGAGGACAGAACUCUGCUGCAGGGACUUCCUGGUGAUGGACAGGAGGAGGAGGAGGAAGAAGAGGAGGAUUUCUGUGCUCUGUCCUGCCCACCGACACAUUCACCACUUUAAAACUAAUAAAGGACUGUAUAAUGUUCAUGUAUAGGCUCUGCUGGAUGACAUGGAUCAUAGUGUGUCACUCACAGAAACAACAGACACUCUCGCCAGAGGAAACCUUCACAUCUUCAACCUCCAGUCAGCAGUUGUUGUUUUUUUUAAUUAUUAUUUUCUCCUCUUCAUCUCUGUGAAAUCCUCGUUGGUUACGGUUGUUCUGUUCUCUCCAGUUCAGCGCUGUUCAUAAGAAAUAUCGGCCAUGUCUGAAAGGCUUAAUACUGUGUGUUCUGUCUGUUAAAUAAUGAAGCGUUACAUGGAUCGUCCGCAUGGUUAAUGGUUAAUGCCCUUCAUCCUCGAAGCUCUAAAACCAGGUAUACUUUAUAUAGAGGUUUUAUGUUGACUGGUUGUGAUAAAGUGAUAUUGUGCCAUAA